AUGCCAACUCCUGAAAUUACCGGCGAUCAAAUUUUAGAAAAAGAUGGAUCAAGUUUAAAUUUUUCAGAAGUCUCUUCUGUUGAUAAUAAUGUAACGACAAGUCAAAAUACAAGCCAUAACUUAAUUGAUAACCUACCACCACCAACAACAACAACAACAAAAACAACUGAAGGAACAAAAACAAUUCAUUUUUUAAAACCAUCAGAUAUACUUUCUGCAGCUGGACCAAGGACAAUUUUUAAUAUACCUUCUACUGGUAAAAAUUCAACACACGAAAUAACUAUUAUAGCAGAUGAUGGUAACGCUACUGUGAUAAAAGGAUAUAAUUCUAUAUCAAUUAAAGCAUCAACGACAAUUGAAUAA